CCACCAGUCAACGGAGACCUUCUCGUUGUCACGUGACUGCCAGCAUUUACGAUUUUGCCCUUACCCCCUAUGGUAGGUGGCGAGUUACGAAAAUGCCCUUCUCCCCCCUCAUCUCCCUCGUUAAAACCCAUAACCCCACAGACAGAUCUCCAUACUCGCCCACGCCCUCCCCCAUUCCCUCUAAAUCCUUUCUCUUGAAAUUCUCACACUCCACACACACACACACUCUACCCAGCUACCUCAGUACAAAUACAUCACCACCUUACCCAUACAUACGUAUAGGUAUCCCCGCAUCCUACGAAAAUGACGUCCGCAAUCCUACCGUUUCGGCCGGUACUGGUGGCGAGAGCUGGCAUCAACGCCGCCGACGAGCGGAAACCCGAUCAGACCAGAAGGACCUCAUCUCCGAAGUGGUGGGCCCCACUCUUCGGGUUCUCCUCCGACCCGGACUACAUGAACCCAGACGAGAAGAAGAGGGACGGAGCUGGAGGGCCGAAGCCGGGGAAAACCCGGUUCGCCCCGGGAUCUUUCACGGACGAGAAAGCAAAGCGGCUACGGAGGAUGACUUAUGAUGCGUCGUCGUUCCACGACGCCAUGUACCAUUCCGCCAUAGCUUCGAGGCUGGCCUCCGACUUCUCCGAUCGGACCAGCGCUGCCUGAUUGACUUUUUGUUCUAAUGAGAAAUAUGUAGAAUAAGAAUGAUAAUGAUGUUGAGGUAGUGAAGGGAUAAGCAUGUAAUUUUAUAAUGUGUAAAUGAAAUGGACCUAAUAGUUAUUAAUCUUGUAAUGAAUGCAUAUUAGGUA